AAAUCAAUAACUGAAGUCAUUUUGAUAAGGUUAUACCGGUAGGUUUAUCACGGGUAAUAAAUUGUACCCUCCGAAUAUAUUAUGUGUGCUCCACGCCAUUCUCCAAGACCUCCAGUUACAGCGACACAAGAGUAGAUAACAAUUAAAAAAGGUUAUUUAAAAUAUCGAGAUUGUGACGAGACUUUGGCGAUUGCAAGUAGAAAGAGGGAAAGUUUUGACGUCAUAACAAUGGAGGAAACUGAGGUAAAAACACCGUUUGAAAAUCACACUCUGCCGGGAGAAGUUAAACCCAAAAUGAAAACCAAACGGCUUAAUCACUUCCCGCCGAUGACUUCGAAAGACGAAGAUGAAACCGAACGGAAGACUACCGCUGGCAAUGGCAAAAAGAAAGGGAAGAAGAAGGAUCAAAAGAAAAGCAAUCAGGGCGAUGAGAACUGGGACUGGGACUGCGCCGAAGAGAAACCCAUGCAUGGUGCCAACGAUGACGAGGGGACGUUUUGGCAAAUAUUUACUCAAAUUGGAUUGGUCGUCAGCGCCAUAGCAUUAUUCGUGAUCGUGUUCGGGUCUGCUUGUCUCUCCAGAAUCAUCAUCCACGUGAUGAUAUGGAAGCUGAAUCCACCGUUAACUGAAACUAACUUCGCAAUGAAUAAACUAGGUGGCGUAUUAAAGCCAAAGAUUGAAAGAAUGAGCCUGAACUGUAGUGACCUUUCAACGAGCGAUUGUUUGCAGGGAUAUUAUGUUCGAAACGGUCUGCCAGAUUCGUGGAAAUGCACAGUUGAACCGUACAAGUGUGUGCUACGUGAAGACCCCCCGUCCGUGAAUGUGGCCUGGAUAUGGGGUCUCCUCAUCAUCAUGUCUGCUCCAUAUUUUUACACGAUUAUCGUUUCUAUGUGGAGGAUAUGCUUCAAGAAGAAUAAAGUGGACAAAUUUCAAAUCAAAAUGUUUUUACUUAGUCUAGCAGUGGAACUGACCCAUGCUACUGGCUUGUGUAUCAUGGUCUUCUUGGUUAUGCCAGCCUUUGAUCCACUGUCGGCCUCCAUUCUCUCAUACUUUGUAUGCAUUUUCCCGACGGUUUUAAGCUUAAGGUUCCAAGUAAGACAAGAAGACACCAAGUAUAGAAAACAACGACAAAGAGAAAAUAUUAAUUCUACCGUGACGAAUAACCAACAAACCAAUAACCCACGUACCGAUGAUUCUACCGUGACGAAUAACCCACGUACCAAUAAUUCUACCGUGACGAAUAACCAACAAACCAAUGACUCUACGUCGACGAAUAACCCACGUGCCGAUACUUCUACCGUGACGAACAACCAACGUACCGAUAAUUCUACCUUGACGAAUAACCCACAUACCAACCUUAGAUACCCAGAAACUCCUUUUUUAGGAGGACUUCUUUUUCUAAUAGGAUUAGUAUUUCUGUGUUUAUAUGUUUAUUAUAGCGCAGAAGACGAUAACUUAGUUGCCAUUUUGGUGCUGUUGUUGAUAUCAAUAUGCAUGGUUUCAGUAAUAUGGUGGGAAAAUUUUGUGACGUCAAACAUCAGUCAAAGCUCAGAAGCGGGAAAACAAUCUUUUCUCAAGGACUAUGUGAAAUCAAAGCGGGAGAAAGUCUCGGUGCUUGUGUACUUGUUGAAAAUAGCAUGGAUAUUCUUAGUUACUUUAAUCAUUUACGUAAUUCAAUCGAAAGGAGACACACUAGACACAGCAAGGACGUUUUUGUAUUUGGAUGAGGCAGCAACAGUGAACACACUAAGUGGGGCCGUCCGUCUAGAAUCUAGCUCGUACAUUACGUACGGAUGCAUGACACUUAAUCCUUACAUGAUGUCACUUAUUUGCUUAAUUCUUACCUUAAUUUUCUUCAAGAUGGCUCGAUACGCCUGUCGCGUAGUACUGCAGCGGAAAUGCUUCUCUUUACCUAUUAUUCUCAAUCUUUUCUUUGUGCCUCUUUUCUUUAUCAUCAUUAUGCGAUUUCCUUUACCGUUUACGGCGGAAGGAUGCAACGUACUGCAGCCCUUGUGGGAACUUGAUUUCAACAGUUCCAUUGAAAGAGUCUGGCCACUCAUUGCAUCUGGCUGUCUGGGCUUAUUAUCGGUGAUUAUCUUGACAACAUAUAUUUGGUCAACUGGAGGAUCAAAGAUGGAGAAAGUUGAAAGAUUGUUCAUGAAGCCGGCUUACUGUGGAAUAUUUCUCGAUUUGUCGUUGUUAUUAUCAAGAAGGAGAACAAUCGACAAUUCUGAUUUUGUCAAACACACACAGCAAUCGGAGGAAAAACCACAGGAAGUGUAUUCGCCUAUGGUCUAUUUCUGUGCUACGAUGUGGCAUGAAACGGAAAAUGAAAUGACACAGUUACUGAAGUCCAUAUUUAGAGUUGACAUGGACCAGUGCUGGAGAAGACAAGAUCAAACUAAUAAACAAAUGCAAAAAGGAGGUUACUAUGAUGAAGACAUAUACGAUUUUGAAGUUCAUAUAUUUUUUGACGAUGCUUUCAAACCACGCAAAGUGAAUGGGAAACCAGGAAAGGGACGUCAUGUGAAUGAAUAUGUGAAGCUUCUGGAAAAGUGUGUCCCAAACACUGCUAAGUUGAUUUAUGGUAAUUACGAACUUGACCCUGUAAAGAAGUAUGAAACUCCCUAUGGAAUGAAGUUUGAAUGGACCAUGCUUACGGAUGGUGCUAAACUGAUAGUCCACCUGAAAGAUAAACAGAAAAUUCGCAAUCGUAAAAGAUGGAGCCAGGUAAUGUACAUGUAUUAUUUACUUACGUUUGAGUUAAAUAAACUAAAACCGCAUCUAGAUCUUCAAUGUCAAGAACUGUCCAAAUCGGUACCGGAAAUGGUUCACAACCUCUCUGAAAACACAUUUCUCUUGGCAUUGGACGGAGACGUUGACUUCAAACCGGAAGCUGUGACGCUGCUGCUUGACUUGAUGAGGAAAAACACCGAGGUUGGAGCUGCCUGCGGAAGAAUACAUCCUAUAGGUUCAGGGCCAAUGGUAUGGUACCAAAAGUUCGAAUACGCCGUCAGUCAUUGGUUGCAGAAGGCAACGGAGCACGUGAUAGGAUGUGUUCUCUGCUCGCCUGGCUGCUUUAGCCUUUUCCGCGGGUCUGCUGUUUUGGCGGAUAAUGUCCUGAAAACGUACACAAGACAAGCGACGGAGGCAGAACAUCACAUUCAGUAUGACCAAGGAGAGGAUAGGUGGCUAUGCACACUCAUGCUUAAAGAGGGGUUCCGAGUAGAGUACUGCGCAGCGUCAGACGCACUGACGUUCGCCCCGGAAGGAUUCUUCGAAUUUUACAAGCAGCGACGUCGCUGGGCUCCAUCUACCAUGGCCAAUAUAUUGGAUCUACUUUUAGACUGGAAAUAUGUGAAAAAGAAUAACGAUAGCAUUUCGAUGUUGUACAUCAUUUACCACAUUUUUCUUUUCGUAUCGUCAUUAUUGACGCCUGGGACCAUCUUUCUACUAAUUAUGGGUGCCAUAAUCACAGCUUUCCCUGCAAUCCAACCAUGGCUGGCUUUAGUACUCAACAUGCUGCCUGUUGGCAUACUUAUUGUGUCUAUAUUUCUUACAAAGGAAGAUACACAGCUGAUGCUGGCUGGAAUCAUUUCCACUAUAUACAGCCUCGUUAUGAUGGUGGUUCUGAUUGGAUUGAUAAAAGAGGGUGUGGAGUCGCAGUUCUGUUCCGUCACUACCGUAUUCUUCUGCUUCGUGGCAGGUGUUUUCAUCGUUGCAGCGCUUAUACACCCACAGGAAUUCACUUGUUUAUUUCAUGGAGUGCUGUACUUUCUGGCGGUACCCUCCAUGUCGAUGCUUCUGAUUCUUUACUCCAUCGGCAAUAUGCACAACAUCAACUGGGGCACGAGAGAAAACAAGUCUGCCGAUUCACAAGAAGCAGUUGCAAAACGAAAAUCAAAGUUUGAAGGACAUACUUGCUCUAUUGGGGAAUGGUGUCGUUGCAUGCUCUGUGUUCGAGAAAUUGUUGAACCUAUGCCACAGGAUGCAAUGGAUUAUGCGUCUGAUAACCCUUCAGACGAUGACAAACCACAGCAAGAGGCAACCGACAAAGAGGCUGCUCAGAAAACCACAACAGAAACAGAACAGGCUGACCAUGACAACACUGUGGUGAAAAAACUAACGGGAGAUAACAAAGGCAAGGUUAAGAAGGGAGAUUUCAAGAACUGCAUGGAUCUCUCCGAGGACGAGAAUGUAUUCUGGACAAGACUAAUUAAAAAGUAUUUGAAACCAACAGUUAUAAAGCCUGCCGAGCAAGAGAGAGUUAAAAAGGAGUUGGAAGAGUUGAGGAAUAAGGUUUUCUUUUUCGUUUUUAUUAUAAACGCCUUAUUUGUGACAAUAGUCUACGUUUUGACGCAAGUCAAUUCCUACCAGGGAACAUUGGAAAUUCCUCUACCUUGCAAUGUUGCCGGAGGCAAGCAGGGUAAAAUUGAGCCGAUAUCCAUUGCAUUCACUUUGACAUUUGGAUUAUUACUGUUGAUCCAGUUCUUUGGAAUGAUAUAUCACAGAAUAUCAACCUUUACACACAUUAUCGCUUCCACCAGGUUAGAUACUCAGAGGCAGAUCAGGCGACCGAAUCUUAGAAGAAAGGAGGAAGAAACGACAACAAAACGAGAAGAGGAAAGUAAAACCCCAGAUGGUAACAACUUGCCUAAACACUUGCCACCAAUUCCAAACAAAGGAUGGAAGAAAAUUAAAGGAGGUAUAAAAGUAAGUAGUGCGCUUCGCUCGAUUUCUGGAGAGAGUAAAAACCGACCUGAAAAACUGAACGAGCUGAAAAAUAAGAUGAAGGAGGAGUCUAUAAUUUCCGAUGAAGAUAAAGACAUUUUGAGUCAAUUUCCUGAUACUCCGGUCGGAAUUUUGAGCAUUAGAUCUCUCCGUAAAAAUGAUAUACAAGAGGAUAUUCCAGGAACUUCAAAAGGCUGAUAUAAUAAAGGCAUUGAUUAUGAAUACAUUACAUUUGAAUAGUCAACAUGAUUGGCAGUUCAUAAAAUAAUUUUUAUUAUUUUAAGAUAUAUCUUAUGAUUAUGAUUACUAUCUUAUUUAGUAAUGUAGAAAUCUAAACUUAAGAAUUCGUUGGUUUUGAAUACUAGUAGCAUCUAAACACAAAUAAAAAAAAUAUACAUUUUGAAAUGCAUGAAGGUACAGAAAUUUGAGAUCAACUUCCCCCUACCCCCAUAUUUUAUACUUGAUAUAGUUUUAAAAAGUUUUUUUGAUAUUGUAAUGUCUUUAGUUAUAGUUUUAAAUAAUUAUAAUUAAAGUAUGUAUUUUGGAUA